UGGAGGCUUGGUUGGUGCUCACAAGCAAUAAUUAACUGCUGAGUGGCCUUCGCCCAAUCCCAGGCUCCACUCCUGGGCUCCAUUCCCACUCCCUGCCCCACUGCCCGUCUCCUAGGCCACUAAACCACAGCUGUCCCCUGGAAUAAGGCAAGGGGGAGUGCAGAGCAGAGCAGAAGCCUGAGCCAGACCAAGAGCCACCUCCUCUCCCAGGAGCUAAACCCAAAGGAUCACCUGGUACUCCCUGAGAGUACAGAUUUCUCUGGCGUGUCCCUCAAGGAACAGACAUGGCUCAGCGGAUGACAACACAGCUGCUGCUCCUUCUAGUGUGGGUGGCUGUAGUAGGGGAGGCUCAGACAAGGACUGCACGGGCCAGGACUGAGCUUCUCAAUGUCUGCAUGAACGCCAAGCACCACAAGGAAAAGCCAGGCCCGGAGGACAAGUUGCAUGAGCAGUGUCGUCCCUGGAAGAAGAAUGCCUGCUGUUCUACCAACACCAGCCAGGAAGCCCAUAAGGAUGUUUCCUACCUAUAUAGAUUCAACUGGAACCACUGUGGAGAGAUGGCACCUGCCUGCAAACGGCAUUUCAUCCAGGACACCUGCCUCUACGAGUGCUCCCCCAACUUGGGGCCCUGGAUCCAGCAGGUGGAUCAGAGCUGGCGCAAAGAGCGGGUGCUGAACGUGCCCCUGUGCAAAGAGGACUGUGAGCAAUGGUGGGAAGACUGUCGCACCUCCUACACCUGCAAGAGCAACUGGCACAAAGGCUGGAACUGGACCUCAGGGUUUAACAAGUGCCCAGUGGGAGCUGCCUGCCAACCUUUCCAUUUCUACUUCCCCACACCCACUGUUCUGUGCAAUGAAAUCUGGACUUACUCCUACAAGGUCAGCAACUACAGCCGAGGGAGUGGCCGCUGCAUCCAGAUGUGGUUCGACCCAGCCCAGGGCAACCCCAAUGAGGAGGUGGCGAGGUUCUAUGCUGCAGCCAUGAGUGGGGCUGGGCCCUGGGCGGCCUGGCCUCUCCUACUUAGCCUGGCCCUAACGCUGCUCUGGCUGCUAAGCUGACCUCCUUUUACCUUCUGAUACCUGGAAAUCUCUGCCCUCUUUAGCCCCAUAGCUCCCAGCUAUUUGGUUCCUGCUCCUUGGUUGAGCCUCUGACAGCCACUUCGAAUAAACCGGACACCGCACAUGUGUCUUGAGAAUUAUUUGG